AUUUUGACGUAGGCAAGAGGAAGGAGGCAAAAUAGACUUGUCAGUAGCACGUUGAGAUCGACCACGGAGUCCCCACUUCGCCGUGAUCCCCCCUACAGUAGGGCCCUACUCCCUCCCCUCCACCGGCGACUCCGCGUCUCCGCCGAGCUGGUAGCAUUCGCGCCUCGACUUUGAGCCGCCGUCGGCCUCCUCCGCCUCCGCUCCGGCGGGUCACGGGGCCGCGUGGAUGGAGUAAUCGAGCCCGGCCCUGAGUUGCGGGUCGUCGGCGACAUCCCCCGCCCUCUUCCGCCAUCGACGCAUCCGGCGCAGAGGAACCUUACCUGGCUGGCCUCCCCGCCCCGCCGCCGCCGCCGCCGCAUCACCCGCCUCCAGCGACCCACACCGCCGCGGGGCGCUCCGCUCGCCCGCCACACCCACCCGGCGCAUGCAGAGCGGCGCCACGAGGGGCGAGAGCGCGCUACCCGCGUGCACGCGGCGGCGAUCACAGGCCGCAGAACCUCGUGGCCCCCGCCCGGCAGUGCAACGCCGCCGUCGUCCGCGUCAUUCUCCGGAUCUCCCCCCUACGGCGAGCAAAGGCAUUCGUCACGUCAUCCAGCAGCGCAAGCCAACGGGGUCGCCGACGGUAAGCGGCGGCGGUAGGCGGCAGCUGCAGCGGUCGCUAGUGGUGAGAUCCUUGGCUUAACAACCGCGAAUUCAGGAGUCCUAAUUCCGAUUUCUCCCUAAAUUGGGAGGCCCAUUGCUGAGAAACAAUCUCGCCCGGCGGCGCCUAUGUGGUCUCUCUCCCUCGUUUUCCUUAACAAGAUACAGAUUCCGAGAGGAAAUAAGUAGUAGGAGACUAAAACGGAAGUCGACGCCGGUUUCCUCAAUUCGUGGACGGACGAGCAAUCGUGGGUUCGUGGUCAUGAGAUUGGGGUACGUGCUGCUGAAGCGCUUGCAGCGAGAGCGUCGUCGUCGUCGUCGACGACAUGCCCUAGUCCCCGUUGUUGCAGAUGAGUCUAUUGCCUCACCAGAGAAACGAAAGGGCUCAUGUUAUCAACAAGAUGACAGUCCUCGCAGUAGCAAAAAGAUGAGAUAUUCAGGUCCAGACCUUCCUGAGGAAAUGUGGCAGCAUAUACAUUCCCUUAUGCCAAUGAAAGACGCUGCCCGUGUUGCCUGCUUGUCUUCUGCCUUUCUAUACUCUUGGAGAAACCGUCCCAAACUCUCCUUUAGUACUGAAACAAUGGGUAUCGUUGAAGGUACAACGGAUUUCAUCAGAAAAAUUGAUCGCGUUAUGAAAAAACACUCAGGCAUUGGUGUGAAGGCUCUUACGAUUGAGUUCAAUGGUCUCUUCAGUACCAAAGCACGCAGUUACCUCGAAAGAUGGCUUCAAAUUGCUGUUACUCCAAGGAUCGAAGAGCUCAGCCUCUCGAUGUCCAAGGGAAAGUCAUAUUAUGACUUUCCUUGCUCACUUCUAUCUGAUGGGAGUGGAAGCUCGAUUCGGCUUCUUGAUCUUUACCGCUGUACCUUUCGCCCCACUGCGGAGAUUGGUUGCUUUCAAAGCUUGACGAGGCUGCAUCUGGAGUAUGUGAGUAUCACGGGGGAUGAGUUGGGGUGCGUUUUUUCCACUUCGUUUGCUUUGGAGUGGUUGAAACUCCGGCUUUGCCGUCAUAUAAAAUACAUGAAGUUGCCUUGUGUGCUACAGCGGCUGACCUAUGUGGAAGUGCGUGGAUGCUCCAGGCUGAGAGUAAUAGAGAACAAAGCUCCAAACCUUCACAGUUUGCACAUUUUUUAUCAACCUUAUCACCCUAUAAAACUCUCCUUUGGAGAGUCAUCUCUGGUGAAGAACCUAAGGAUUGGGUAUUCCUCUGUUCUCGAUCAUGCUUGCGCGGAGCUACCAUAUAUUUUUCCAAACCUCGAAACUCUUACCAUAGGCUUGUUGGGUGAGAUGGUCAAUACACCAAUGGUGCCUAACACUUUCCUCCUUCUCAAGUACUUGUGCAUUACUCUUUCUGCAGUAACUCUCUCUCCAUCAUAUGAUUAUUUGUCUCUGGUUUCCUUUCUCGAUGCCUGCCCUUCCUUGGACACUUUCAUCGUGGAUGUAUCUGCAAAACACCCGAAGAACGAUUCAAUUUUCGAGAACCCCUCACAUCUAAGGCAGUUGCCAGAGCAACGCCAUGACAACCUCCGGAAUGUGAAGAUCACUGGAUUCCGCUCCGCAAAGAGCUUGUUCGAGCUAACAUAUCAUAUUCUCGAGAAUACAUCAGUUGAAUGUCUUACAUUGGACACCAGUUUUGAGUCUUUCAGAUGUUCUCCCGGCAAACCUGGUAGAUGCUUGCAAACGUCAAAGGAUGAUCCCAUGGAAGCCUCUAAAGCACUCUUCGCUAUCAGAACAUACAUCGAGGGAAAAGUUCCCUCCACGGUUAGACUAAAUGUGGUUGAGCCUUGCAGCCGUUGCCAUGUUAUGGAACCUUUUACUGUCGAAAGUAACAGCGGAAAUGAAAUGCAGUAACACAACAUGCAGAGGGGAGUGUUGUACGUUGCGUGCAUCAUGUAGUAACUGCGUUUCUCUGUGCACUGUACUACUGUAUGUGCAUGUUGGAGUGCUGAACUUGCCCCUUGUCACCAGGAUGCAGAAUAAUAAUUGCCUCGUUCAUCAUAAUCAUUCAUCGAGUGAUUUUGUGUAAAUCCAGAUGGCUUCUACAUUGUCCCUUUAGAUUUAUACACACCGUUUUUAGCUGCGUAGUUCCAAGAGUUUUGUUGUACCAGGAUAGAGUGACAGGCUGCUCUUUUUAUUGGAAACUCUAUGUCUAGUAUUUGCCUCUGUAAUAGUAUUACAUGGAAUGAGAUCAAAGUUGCAUAUA